AUGAACGGGACAUUUUACGAGCAGCUCGGGGGUGUGGCGGGUUUAUUUGAGCAGUGGGGUACGUGUGAGCGUACGGUAGUAGCAUGUGCUUUAGCUCGAAGGGUUCCGUGGCCAGGGCUUCGCCUGGUACAAAGAGCGGUGGAAGCGGCUCUACAGCACCAUGUCGAAGACGAGAGGCUGGAAAGAGAUGCUAAUGAUGAAACCCUGUUGGCUAGUCUCCUUGCCGCUAGGGCUGACGAUGAUGACGAAGAAGAUGGUGAAAGAUUACGCCAACUUCUAACCCUUCUCCCCCUCUUACGCACAGACAACGAGCGUGCUAAAAAUGUAUAUGUAGGUGCCGCGCCCGCUCUAGUGCAGCGAUGUGUGGACGCACCAAGACGGACCAUCGCACCUGAAUUAUGUAGACAACUGCUUUCAUACCUUUUGGUACACCCUGCUCUCACAUUACAUGAUCAAAGAACAUUAACACAAUGGCUGCGCUAUUUAGAAAAUCAUAUAUCCGGCAAUCGGAACACUGAGUCUGUGUGGCAACAAAGGAUAGACCCGUGCCUUCUGCCCGAUACUAAUAUCUGGGCGAACAAUAAUACUUUCAGACGGACAAUAGGCAAGAACGUUGAAUUUCGAGGCAUUCUAGACACAGACCAUUCGUCAUACACUGACAUACUACAGGAAUCCUUUUCAAAAAAUGGACGUGACGUGGAUAUAAGCUUAGAUGAAAUGCUUAAUUUCGAUGCAGCGAUAGCUCAGCCCAAAUCUCAAAGGUCCAACAGUUUAACGCCUCCAUCCUCUAAUUUCAUGCAAAUGUCUUCUUCGGCUGAAAAUUUGAGUGAUGAAGCAUUUGUUCAAAAACCUAGGAGUUUCUCGCUUUCAAGUGAACAUAGUUUAAGUCAGCUGCGACCAAUAAGUAUAAUGUAUGGAACAACAGGUAGUGAGACUCGAUUAGAUGAUCUAAGGUGUAACAAUUAUACGGAACACCCCGGUAUGUCAACGGUGGCUCAGUGGUUAAAAAGCCUCCGCCUUCACAAGUAUGUGUGGCUCUUUACUAAUGUAACUUAUGAACAGAUGAUGGCGAUGGAUGAUAAGUACUUGGAAAAGUUAGGCGUAACAAAAGGGGCUCGCCACAAGAUCCUGCUAUCGAUAAAGAAACUAAGCGAACGCGGUUCAGCGCUUGAGGGUGCACGUGCGGAACUAGCGGCUGGUGGCGCUGUACUGCGAGCGCUGGAGCGAGUGCGUGCAGCGCUCCUAGCGCCCAUGCCGCCUGUGUCCGACCUGCCGGCUGCUAUUGUGGCAGCAUUGGAGCUUGCAUCAAAGUGCCUAAGCAACGGUAAUGGGGCAAGUGCGAGCGCGGCCGUGGACGGCGAGCCGGAGCCGGUCGACCCCAUGUCGUUGCACUGCUGGCUUAUAGAAAAGGCACUGCACCACGAAUCGUUCAGUAGCCCAGAACUGCAAGCGGCUCUCCGGAGACUGCGCCAUCGCCUGCCGCCGCGACAGUUCUUCCAUUUAGUGGGUGAUGCUCCUCAUAGGCGUCUGAAACACAGAUGGCGCGCACCUCAAUGCGGGCCGCGCCCCCGCAGAUGGGCGCCACCCCCGCGUGGUAAGUCCCACUCCUACCCCCCCUUCCCCCCGGCACACGCGCUCCCCCGCCCCCCACCUCCCCCGUCCGCAGAUGACUACUCUAGCUUAGACGUGCUAUGCCUACAAAUGACUGAACAGGCUAUCAAU